UAUUACAGUCUAGGGCUUGCUGCUGAAAAGCCCGCUGGAUCCUCCACUGACCUGCUGUUCUUUCCUGCUUUCCUCUUGCGUUUUUUUCCACAUUUAGAUUAAAAACAAAGCUCUCUCUCUCUCUCUCUUUCUCUCUCUCUCUCUCUCUCUCUCUCUCUCUCAUCCCCCCUCCCUCUCUCCUCCUUCUUCUUCUUCUUCUUCUUCUCCUCCUUCUUAUCCCUGUUUUUUCUUUUCUGCGGCAGCAGCAGUCAAGGCAGAGGCUCCAGUGUGUCAGAGAGAGAGAGGGUGAAAAGGAGGAAAAAAGCAGAGGAGAAGACUGUUUGGACGCAGGCUGAGUGUGUGUUUAUGUUUGUGUGUUUCGCCAUUGGACGGCCGGGUGAAGGGGGCACGGGGAGAGGUGGAGUUGGAGUAGGAGGAGGAGGAGGAAGAGGAGGAGGUGGUGGAGGAGAAGAAGGAGAAGGAGCCUGCCUGGAUGAAAUGCUCUGUGUCAUGUCACUAUGUGUGGACCUUGACUGAUCACAGGGUGAGGAAAAGACACUGAGAAGAAGACGAGGAGGUGGAGAGAAUAGGAGAGGAGGAAAAACUGAGACUUUGGUUACACUGGGAAAAGAAGAAGAAGAAGGAGGAGGAGGAGGAGGAGGAGGUAAAGUCUGGCGCUUCGUUUUAUCAUGACAUCGUUGGAUAAACCAACCGACGGAUUGAGUGCUCUUCAGUUGUGUGUCAACAGGAAUUCGCCCUAGAAGACCGGAGAGAAGAAGAAGAGCCACGAAGAAAACCAGGAGACUCUGGAAGAGUAAAGACUGCUGUGCUCAACCCAGCUAAGGAGCAGGGACUGGACUUAGUGAGUGUGUGAGAGUGUAAGAGUGUGUGUGUGUGUUGGGGGGUGUUUUGUGUGUUUGUGUGUGUGUGGCUGAGUAACCGGUGGAGGGCAGAGGAGUGGAGGGCCAGGGGACUAACCUGGCCAUCAAACGGACUGGCAGCCUCUCCUCUCCUGGGAUCAUGUACCCUCAGGGCAGGCAUCCGGUCCCCUUGCAGCCUGGCCAGUCUUUCAAGUUUACAGUCCUGGAAACUCUGGACCGUAUCAAGGAGGAAUUCCAGUUCCUCCAGGCGCAGUAUCACAGCCUGAAACUGGAGUGUGAGAAGCUGGCCAGUGAGAAGACCGAAAUGCAGAGGCACUACAUCAUGUACUAUGAAAUGUCCUACGGUCUCAACAUUGAGAUGCACAAACAGGCGGAGAUUGUGAAGCGUCUCAGUGCCAUCUGCGCUCAGAUCAUCCCUUUCCUCUCUCAAGAGCAUCAGCAACAGGUGGUCCAAGCAGUGGAGAGGGCCAAGCAGGUCACAAUGGCUGAACUCAAUGCCAUUAUCGGGCAGCAGCAGCUCCAGCACCUGUCUCACCAUGCCCCUGGCAUUCCCCUAACGCCACACCCAUCAGGCCUGUCCCUGGGCGCGGGGGGCUCAGGGCUUCUUGCGCUGACCGGAGCCCUGGGGGUCUCGGCCCACCUUGCCUCCAAAGAUGAACGCAACCACCUUGACCCUGAACAUCUCAGAGAGGGAGCACCCAGCAGGAGUAAGUCAGUGUCAUCAACAGACAGUCAGCCCCCUGAGGAACGCCAGGGCCCAUCAGGAGGUUACUCCUCCUCACAAGGAGGAGCUGAGGCAAAGAGGAGGCGCUGUGAUGACAAAGAGUCCCUUGCCCCACACUCCUAUGACAGUGAUGGAGACAAGAGUGAAGACAAUCUCGUUGUGGACGUCUCCAACGAAGAGCCAAACUCUCCUGCGGGUAGCCCUCCUCAUUCCCCCCAUGGGAAUGGGUUAGACCGGGCUCCUACCCUUAGGAAAGAGCUCCCGGGCUCCUCAAGCACAGGAGAGGCCCCCUCCACCCCAAACCCCCGCAGCCCCACCCCAGGCAAAGCAAAGGACCCUGCACAGAUGGAUAAGUCCCAGUCUCCAUUAUCCAAGUCUGGCACCCCAUCCCCGUCCCACCGUGAGGCCCUUACCCCUGGAGCACCUGGAGCUCCAGGAGCCCCGGGAGCCCCUGGUCCCAGUACCUCCUGCCUUCGUCUGGUCAGCAAAGCAGCAUCCAGUGCAGACCCCCUUGCUCUCCGCAGUCCCAUGUCUGUGCCCCCCGGUUCAUACCCGGCUCAUUUUGGCGUGGUGUCCCAUGCAGGACUGAAUGGAGAGCUGGCCAGCCCAGGAGGUUUCGGUGGGGCUCUAACUCUCUCCCCACAAAUCAGCGCAGCGGCCAACGCAUACUCCCGAAGCCCCAUGGUGGCAUAUGACUCUCGGUCUCACCUGAGGGCCCCGGGGCUUUCCUCCUCUUUGCCUGGUUCCUCUGGUGGCAAGCCCGCCUACUCGUUUCAUGUGAGUGCAGACGGACAGAUGCAGCCCGUGCCCUUUCCUCCUGAUGCCCUGCUGGGCCCCGGAAUCCCUCGCCACGCCCGUCAGAUUCACAGCCUGAACCACGGAGAGGUGGUGUGCGCCGUCACAAUCAGCACCUCGACGCGCCACGUCUACACCGGAGGCAAGGGCUGUGUCAAGGUGUGGGACAUCAGCCAGCCAGGAAGCAAGAGCCCCAUGGCCCAGCUGGACUGUCUGAACAGAGAUAAUUACAUCCGCUCGUGCAAAAUCCUCCCGGAUGGACGAACCUUGAUCGUCGGUGGGGAGGCCAGCACUCUGUCGAUCUGGGAUUUGGCCACACCCACUCCUCGUAUCAAGGCAGAGCUGACAUCGUCUGCCCCCGCCUGCUACGCUCUGGCCAUCUCACCCGACAACAAGGUCUGCUUCUCCUGCUGCAGCGACGGCAACAUCGUCGUCUGGGACCUCCACAACCAGACUCUGGUCAGGCAGUUCCAGGGCCACACGGACGGAGCGAGCUGCAUCGACAUCUCCAACGACGGCACCAAACUGUGGACGGGAGGGCUGGACAACACGGUCCGCUGCUGGGACCUCCGAGAGGGACGCCAGCUCCAGCAACACGACUUCACAUCACAGAUCUUCUCUCUGGGCUACUGUCCGACAGGUGAAUGGCUGGCCGUGGGAAUGGAGAGCAGUAACGUUGAAGUCCUGCACGUCUCCAAACCUGACAAGUACCAGCUGCACCUCCACGAGAGCUGCGUUCUUUCUCUCAAGUUCGCCUACUGCGGCAAGUGGUUCGUGAGCACAGGAAAAGACAAUCUGUUGAAUGCAUGGAGGACACCAUAUGGAGCUAGUAUUUUCCAGUCCAAGGAGUCCUCGUCUGUGCUGAGCUGUGAUGUCUCCCCAGACGACAAGUACAUAGUGACGGGCUCCGGGGACAAGAAGGCCACCGUGUACGAGGUGGUGUACUGAGGGCCACAACAAGAUGGGAAGAGACAGGACGGAGAUUUUGGGGUGUUUUUUUUUUUUAUGGAGGAUGACGGGAGGAUAACCAGUUGCCUAGCCAACCGCUCCUGAUCCUCAUUACAUCAGCAACAGCAGCACCCAGAUCUCAGUCCUCCUGACCCUCACCCAUAAUACAUCACACACACACACACCCCCCCUCUCCCCCUUUUUGCUGUGAUAUAAGCUACUGUGGAAGCUCCCAAAUGCCCCCUCCCUCCUCCCCCCUUCUACUUUUAGCCCAAGGAUGAGGCAUGAUAGCGAAGAGAGAGAGGCAGAAAGGGAAGGAGCAAGAUAAGAAGGACAAAGGAAAAGGGCGGUGGAGCGUGAAGAUAAAGUCGAGAAGCAAAAGAGGGAAAGACAAGAAGGUGGAGAGAAAGCGAGAAGGAUGAGAAAUGACAGGGAGGAAGAGGAGGAGGAGGAGGAGGAGGGAGAGGCAGGGUAAUUAGGGCUGUUUCCUGAUUAAGAGCUCAGUGGAAGGGAGGCCCCCAGAGGAGGCGCGGAGCGGCACUGUGGGAGCGCCAGCCAGGAGCACUGAUACCACACAAUCGAUUCAUUAGCCAGACAGUGGAAGCCUUAAUGAGGCUGACGCCGCGGCUCACUCUCCCCAGCGAGAGGUGUCAGGAGCGGGGGAACGAUGACGCUCUGAGAUGGAGGGGGCCGCUUCAGAUAUCCACAUACACUAACAUGACACAUAGACCUGCUCACACACACACAUAAGGCGCACGUCAUCAGGCAAGAAUACACACUCUGCUACACCGCCUUGAGGUAAUCAUAAGAAGACAGAAACACACACACACACACACAACACACAGAACACCCAAUUAAACAUUCAUCGCAGUGCUCCCCGUCUCACUGCUUAAUAUCUAUUUUAUUUUGGUCUGACAAAGGCAGCGUCUAAUGAGCAGCGGAGUCAAUGGGAUUCUCCCAGGGCCCACAGACACAAACACAGAACAUCAGCCGAGCUGUUCCCUCUAAUUCCUCUGGAUUGUUCUCCUGACACCGGGCGCUGCACUCACUCUCAUUAAAGGCACUGUCAGCUAGAUGAAGUAGCAGCACGCCAACUUCACUGUAAGGCAGACAAGAGGGCAAAUUAACACCACCCGAUUACGCUAUCAGCAGCAGCCAACUAAGCAGCGACUAAUCCGAAUCCUUUCAAAUUUUAUGCAACCAGUUGCUGCUUUCAUGUGCAAACCAGAUGAGAUUACAUGUUUAUCAGUGUCAUUAUCUCCAUCUUUGCCUGCCUGCUGACUCUAGUGUUCAAAGUGCUCCGGCUAAAUCUUGUUCAGUAAGCCAUUGAUUGCUAUUAAUUGAGAUGCUAGACAUCUUAAAAGGAAAAGUUGCACCUUGUGGGAAAUGUGCUUAUUCGCAUUCUUGCAGAGAUUUUACACGAGAAGAUCAAAUCGACCUGUGUCCGUGUGCAACGAUUUAGCCGCCACCAGCAGCCCGGUAACCUAGCUUCGCAUAAAAACUGGAAACAGCAAACGAAAUAAGCAGCACUUUUUAGAUAAAAAUGUUUGUUUCUGUAAAAAAGUCAAACUUUUUUACAGCACGCUGACUUUCUGGAGUGUCUUCUGGUUUCCUGUUUUUUUACACUUAAGUUAUGAUUCAGAUUAAAUAAACGAAACAUAAAAUGUUAAUUGGUGAUCUGUAGGUGGAAUUUGUGCUUCAGACAGAGCCAGGCUGUGUUUGCCCUCGUUUUUUUUGUCUUUAUGUUAUGCUCAGCUAACCGGCGCCUAGGUGUAGCCUCAUGUUUAAUGCGCAGACAUGAUCUGCGUAUAUCAUCUCCGUCUCAGCAAAUAAGCACGUUUCCAAAAAAUAUUGAACUUUUCCUAUAAACCCAGUUUUUACUUUUUAGCCCUCCUCAUAUCAUAUUCCAAAGUGGCAGGCAAACCUGUAUAUCAGAGCUCUCUGCUUCUAUAGAACAUGCCUCACCAAUGUGUAGACUAAAAAAAGGCACAUUUCAAGCUUUUCUUUUAUUACUCAUUUAUUUCAGUAUUUUUUAUGAAUAGUGAUUGCUCGUCUUAUGUAAUGAUAUGUUUAUGUAUUGGGGUUGCCAAUGACUGCGUUUCGGGGAGGGGGAGGGGGCAAACAAAGAAGGAUGCAUUCACACAUGGAGACAUACAAAAUCAAGUGGAACACAGGCGGGGGAAUUUUUUGUUCUUUUAACUUCCUUUUUUUCCCCCCCUUUUUAAAAUCGGUGUGUUUUUAUCCUUGGUGAUGGUGACUGGCAGAGGGCGUACAACAACAUCAGCAGUCACAUGUAAAGAAAAAAAGAGAAAAGACCCUCUGUCUUCUGUUUGUUGUUUUUGUUUCAUUCCUUUUUUUUUUUGUUUGUUUCUUCCAAAAGUGGUAGUAAAUGUGCUAUAGUCUGUUUGCAGUCCUUAUUGUGCAACUAAACCGUUUCUGUUGAGUCUGUGGUCAGUGUACAGCAGGCGUCGGCUGCGACAUGACGAUACAGAUUUAGCCAUCGAAGAGGUCCCGCUUUUUACUGCAUGCUUGUUGCACUAAUGCUCCACUUCUUGCUGACGGAACGAGACAAAUCAGACGUUACAGAGUAGGUGCAGUGAAUGGUUUCACAGCCACAGAUUAACAGAGGGAUGAAUUUUACAUUACAGUAUGCAAUUUAGUUCCAGUUGUAUAAACUUUGAGCAAGAUUUGUCCAUGUUUCUCGCUGCAGCGCUGGUGCAGGAUAAAACUAUGAGGGACUUCUACAAUGGCUACUGUUCCAGCAAGGAGUCAGAUCUGUACAGUUUAAUGCCUUUGCCUGCCUCUUUCCCUUUCUGCCCGUCAGCCACAGGCAGACCUAAAUGAUAUUCUCAUACACAAGCUUGUAUACUACUCAGAAUGAUGCUGUACAAUGGCUAUGCAUUUGGUGGUAUAGCGUGAAUAUUUGGGACAUUGUAUUUGAUACUCUUCUUUAACUGUCAGUAACGUCUCUCCCCGCCCUGCCUGUGCUUUCUCUGUUCCAACACUAUAAAAACUUUUUAUUUCUAUUUUACAAGCCGAUGUUUGGUUUCUCUUUUAAAAAGCCAAGGAACUUCUUUUUCUUUUUUAAACGCACCGUGUCUUCUUCCCUCCUGAUGCGUUUCCCAUGUGCUGUACAAGAAAUACUAUGUGUGAAAAAUAAACCAAACUUGUGUUCAUCCUUUCA